AUGCGUCCCAAGGCCCCUGACCUUGUUCUGCCUAGGUUCGACUUUGAACGUUAUAACCCUUACGCCCCAAAGGCAUCAUUUUUAUCCGCUGAGCUUUUUGAUCAGCUCUUAAAAGAUGAGGUGAUAAUGACUAAGGAAGAACUUGAUAAGAAGUACGGAUUCUAUAUCCCCUCUAAUUCCUGA